AUGGCAGAAGCAUGGACUGAAGCAGACUACGAAGCCGCUCUCGCAAAACUGGAAGCCCUCACCGACAAGGUAACCGCACUACGAACGACUAUCCCAGGUCUGAUCUCACCGCUCACUCGCCCCGCAACCACCAAAUCUGCUGCGUUCGUCGGCCUGAAGAAGGCCGCUAUUGGUGCCGUCACCGGCGUACAAGAUUUAAGGAAAGAAUGGGAGAGCAAUGACAUGCAAGACUUGUUGAAGAGGACUAAAGAGAGCUAUGGGAAGGACAGUGAUUUGGCUCCAGCUGCUGAAGUCUCGCCAUGGGGAUGGACAAAGGAGGAUGAAGAGAAGUCGCAGCAGCAACAACAACAACAACAACAACAACCAGACAAGGAAGUCAAAACCGAGCAUGGCGUAGCAGGAUGA